AAUGAUUAAAUUAAAUGGAGACUUCCGGGUUAGGGAAGUGACGUUUGGCGUAAAGAAAAUAAAACUGUCAUGUGACCUCAGGCUGUCAUGUGACCUCUCUUCCUGUUAACUCCAUUAUAACUCAUCCAAGGUCCACUGGUUUGACUCGUUUCUCCUCCACAGAUCCACUGGUUUGACUCGGUCCUUCUCCUCAGAUACACUGGUUUGACUCGGUUCUUCUCCUCAGAUCCACUGGUUUGACUCUUUGACUCCGUGGAGAGUCCCACGCCGACCACCAUGGUCGAUGAUAUAAGACGAUAUCUGUACAAACAGCUUCCAAGUGUUGAAGGUCUUCAUGCCAUCGUGGUGACUGACAGAGACGGUGUACCGGUCAUUAAAGUGGCCAAUGAGAACGCUCCAGAAUAUGCCCAGCGGCCAGGGUUCCUCUCAACGUUCGCUCUGGCCACGGACCAGGGCAGUAAACUGGGUCUCUCCAAGAACAAGAGUAUCAUCUGCUACUACAACACUUACCAGAUUGUGCAGUUCAACCGGUUACCACUAGUGAUCAGCUUCAUCGCUAGCAGCAGUGCCAACACGGGUCUGAUCAUCAGUCUGGAGAAGGAGCUGGUACCGCUCAUCGAAGAACUACGACAAGUAGUGGAGACAGCUUAGGGCUUUGGGCACUAUGGAAACGCUGGGCUAGGACUCACCCUCGGCUCCCCAAAACAUGCAAACAUGUUCCCUACUUUUUUUUUUUUUUCAUUUGUUUCUCCUCUUUAAAUAAAUCUGUCAUAUCUCCAA